AUGGUGGUCCUAAAACGCUUCCUUCCCAUUGAAAUUGAGUCGCUCAAAGCUGUCACAAUGCCUCUACUACUUGUCCAACUCAAUUUCUUCGACUGUGGCGGAUUAGCAAUAGGUUUGCGCAUGUCGCAUAGUGGACAUGGUCUAACACAACUUCCACUUCUACAUUAUGAUCAACCUUCGUCUUUCUUCCCUGUAAGAUCUCUUGGCCUUCGCCUUCCUCCAAUUGACUUCAAAAGGCCGGUGAUGGAUACAAAGAGGUAUGUUUUUAAUGCCUCAAAGAUCGUCGCUCUUAAGGCGGAAGCUGUCAGUCCAUCGGUGCAGCGACAUUCGCGUACUGAAGCUGUUACAGCUCUCCUUUGGAAAUGUGCAAUGGCUGCAAAGAGAUCAAAUUCAGGCGUUUCGAAGAACACUUUGGUCCAAUUUGUGAACGUACGCAAAAGGGUGGAUCCAUCAUUGCCAGAAAACUCCAUCGGGAAUCUAAUUCUCGCUUCUGGUACUACACUUGUGGAAGAGGAGACUGAAAGAGAGAUGAAAGAUUUGGUGGCUCAACUGAGGAAAGGAAUUGCAGAAUUCGAUGAAAAGUUAGCAAAAGAACUUGGAGGGGAUGAUUCACUAGAAUUGAUCUAG